UGUAUGCGCAGCACAGUGAGUCGCAGCACGGGAUGAUCGUCAGUCGUAAUUCUUAAACUACAAAGCGAAUGAGUUUUCAUCGCACGCCUCCUACAGCUGACGUGAAUCUCCUCGUAAGAACUAGUUGAAUUAGUGCGCCGUGUCGUCGUCGUGUCCGCGCCCAUCGCGUCUGCACGCCUUCACGCACCAGCUCCCGUCCGCUGCGCAGCACUAACCUCACAAUCCGCGCUGUUCCGAAAAUCUGCAGGUAUGUCCGACAAAACAAACUCCAAGGCGGCGAAGCUGCUGCGCAUCAAGGCGCAGGAGUUCCACCAGUCCCGCCGCAACUCCCAUGCGUUGGCGGAGAUCAUGAGCCACUUCGAAAGCGGCAGCGAUACCUCCGUCUGCCUGCAAGUUCUCGAAGGCAUCUUUUCCCUCUUGCGGGAAAGUCAGAUGUACACCGAGAUCGUCCCGCUGAAGGUACCUCCUCGUACUAUAGAAGUCGAAUACUCCGAGUGGUUACGCACCAUCUACGAUAAAUUCUGGGAUAAAAUCCUAGCAUGUAUUGAGCGGAUGACACUGCUGCCUAAACUACAAUUACAAGCACUCACAACAGCCAUGAAUCUUCUAGAACAAGAGGGACGUUUUCCACUCGAACAGCGUCAUGAAAUGCCAAGAAUGAUGCCCGUGCCGCGUCUGAAGGCAAUACUCACGCGUGUUUUGCACAAAACUCAAUUGUCUGUACAUUUGAUCAAUAAAUUCCAAGAGUUUCUUUUCGACGAUAUACUGCAUUACACCUGGAAGUCUUUACCGUCGGUAACAGCUAAGAUCAACCCCGCGAAGCCAUAUAUCUUUAAUUAUCUGCUGUUGUUGGAAAGACUUCCGGUGCAACAGAAUGCGUCGCGAGCUUUGUACUGUUGUGGCAAUGAUUUCGUCUACGACGAACGCGCUGCGGUGAAGAGCAUCAACAAAAUAUGGAACUGUGUUAUGCAAUGGGAGCACACUGAGGAUACACACCGGCAGUUGCUAGUCGUGCUGCUGGAGCGUGUUUCACCGCAUCUGGAAAAACCAUUGCUUAUGAUAGAUUUUCUUAUGGAUUCACUAGACAUGGGCGGGCCGAUCGGCAUGCUUGCGUUACAGGGAAUCUUUUCGAUGAUUCAGAUCCACAAUCUCGAAUAUCCGGAUAUUUUCGCCAAGCUGUAUUCAAUGUUUGAGCCAGAGAUUUUCCACACCAAGUUCAAGGCAAGGUUAUUCUAUCUCGCCGACAUGUUUCUGAGCUCCACUCACCUGCCUGAAAACUUAGUGGCUGCCUUUGUCAAGCGUCUGGCACGACUUGCUCUUGUAGCGCCUAGUCAAGACGUCGUCGUCAUUUGCAUAUUCAUAUGCAAUCUUAUACUACGGCAUCCAGGAUUAAAAUGUAUGCUGGAUGACACGGGGCUCGCCACUGAUGACACCUACAUCAUGGAAGAACGUGAUCCAGUCAAAUCGAACGCGAUUCAAAACUCACUGUGGGAAUUGCGCUCGUUGCAGAAUCAUUCUUCUCCCAAGGUAGCACUCACCGCGCGUAUCAUCAACCGACCGCUGCCGAAUGUCGAAUGGGACAUCACUAAAUACCUGAGCGACACCAAUGAUGAUGCUUUCGAUCAGGAGGUGAAGAAGAAUCGCCGCCAGAUCACGAAAACCUUCGAUAAGCCGUCGAUUGAUAUUCGUGAUGCACUCACGAAGUACUGGACCUUCUAGAGCGCGCGCGUGCAUGUUUCUCGUUUCCUUACUCUGUACGUUCAUUUAUUGCUGUGUGUGAGGAUAGGGCCUACAGUUGAUGGGCGCGAUGACGGCCGUCGGUGAAGGAAAGCAAGUAUUCCUUGUAGUCGAUCGCUGCGUCGUGCUAAUUUGUUUUGUACAUGAGAGAAUGUCUGCCACGAUUGUAUUUCGCCUGGCAAAUCUAUUAUUUUGUUACUUAGAUUUAUUUAUACGUGUCGAACAUUGAAAUAAUUUGACUUCAAAGUAAAUAAGUGAUUUUAAA